AUGCGUCGAUUCCGAAGGGCCGUGUUCGCGAAGCGCGCGCCCGCGGGCGUCGUCGUCGCGACCGUCGCGCCGUCGCGAAGGUUUCGGACGUCGGACGCGCCGCGCGCGCGGUCGCUCGCGCGCGAGAUUGGACGCUUCGCGCGGCGCGCGUGGACGCGCUUUUGGGCGAACGUUUGGGGCGACGGCGAGGUCGAUCCGCCUCGGCCGCGCGUGCUGGUGAAGGUGCGCGCGUGCUCGUUGAAUCCGGUGGACGCCAAGUAUCUGUACGGCGAUAAGUGUCCGAGGAUGUUUCGGCCGUUCGUGCGCGGCGUCGUGGACGGCCGAGGCGUGGGAUUUGACUUUAGCGGCGUCGUCGUCGAGGCGGACGCGAACGCGGAAUUUAGACGAGGUCAAGCCGUGUUCGGGGUCGCACCGCCGCUUGAGGGCGCGUGCGCUGAGUACGUGGAGUGCUACGCCGAUAUGAUCGCGGAGAAGAGCGUCAACAUGACGCACGCCGAAGCCGCGGCGAUCGGCCUGUGCGGCGCGACGAUUUGCCAAGCGCUCGACGCGUUUUGCAAAGUCGUUCCGUCACCCGUGCUCGUCAUCGGCGCCUCUGGUGGAUUGGGUCAUUUAGCGGUGCAAAUCUGCAAAUGCGAGGGCGCAGAAGUCGUCGGCGUUUCGUCGGCGCGAAAUUUGGAGUUUGUGCGUUCGCUCGGCGUCGACGCCGCGGCGCCGUACGACGAUCCGGACUCGACGUUGGAAGAACACCUCGCCGAAUGGGGGCACGGUCACAAGAAGUUCAAGCUCAUACUAGACACGGUCACGUCCAACGCCGCGGUGGACGCGCAGUACGAUUACUGCUCGCGCCUGCGCGAAAUCGUCGACGAUGACUGUCGCUACGUAAAGUUCGGAGGAACGCCCACGCAAUGGGCGUUCGCCCACAUUCGUCGCAUCGGGUUGACAGUGCCGUUCUCCGACUUUCACAAGCGCGCGCCACCGUUCUGGAUCUACUUCCGCGGCCUCGAGCGCCAAUUGCGCUACUUGCGAGACAUGUACGACGCCGGCGACUUGAAACCGCGCGUCGGUAAUCGCUUCCCGUUCACGAACGACGGCGUUCGCGACGCGUUCGCUCUCUUGCGCUCGCGCCGCGCCGUCGGUAAAGUCAUCAUCGACAUCGAUGAAAAUUGA